CUGACAUGAAGGUCAGUCAGGACAGGGAAACAGUGGGCAGCUGCUCAAAGUGACACAGACACUCUGCAUGCAUGUUUCGGUGUGCCUCUGUGUGUGUGUGUGUGUGUGUGGCAGGACCUGCCCCAUGCCCUUCAUGUGCCUACGGACGACAAGCAGGUGGACAACGGUGCGGCUGCGGGCCCCCCGCAGAAGAAGCAGAAGACCGAGGGCACCAUGGUGCACAGCGGCCUGCUCCACCUGCUGGCCAUGUGUGAAUAUUUCGGCAUGGAUAAGCAUGUGGCUGCCAUCCUCGCGGCGCUCUACUCGUGCAUCCCAAAGUGGUCACUCGAUGUGACCGCCUUCAUCCUGGAGCUCAAGCCGAACCUGCUCGCGAGUGCUGACUUCCCUAGGGCCGAACUCAGUGACUCGCUAUCGACCCUCCUGGUGCGGCAGACACACACUUACUCUGGCUUCAGCAAGGACAGUCUUAAGAGGCUGCCCCUGGACCUUAUCGUAGACGUGGUGGGGAGGUUAGCCCUACGAUAUCGUUGAUAUGGACGACUGACUUUUCAUCGGGAGAGGUUCUCUCUCAGUCUCCCUCGCCCUGUGUGUAUGAGAGAGUCACUCACGGUGGGCUGGUUUGUGUGGCGGCGCACAUGGCAUGCUGUAGAUAGAUGAAAUGCACGCAAUGCACCGUGACGUCAGCCAGGCCUGAUCAGAUGAGCAUGGUGUGGUGGGUGUGUGAUGCAGAUUGGACGCAUAUACGCCCUACUUUCGUGUUUCAGUGAAUGUGGAUAGUCC